CCGCUCUACAAAUUCCAUAACCCAUCCUACAAUAAAAACAAGAGGAAUUAGCAACUUUGCCUAAAUCUCCUCCUCAUAAUCAUCCCAAAACUUUCCUUUGAACCAGCACGUCUGUUUCUGGGUAUCAACAAAACAAAGCAUAAGAAAAUGUCCCAAGCUAAGAAAAUUCUGUCAACGGCGGCCUCGCUCGCUGCAUCGGCCAUGCUUGCUCGGAGCAUUGCAAAGGAUUUUUUACCCACUGAAGUUCAAAACUGCUUGUAUUCAAGCCUAAGAAUUGUGUCAAAUUACAUGUCUUUUCAGCUCACCAUUGUUAUAGAGGAGUUCCAGGGACUCUCCACAAACCAGGUCUUUGAGGCUGCUCAUUUAUAUUUGGGAAUCAAAACAACUACCACUUCAACUAAGAGGCUAAGGGCAGGCAAAUCUGAGAAAGACAGCACCAUACAAAUAACUCUGGAUAGAAAUGAAGAGAUUUUCGAUUUUUACGAAGGUGUAAAGCUGCAAUGGAAAUUAGUCUGCACACAAGUUCCAGGGGCACGAUCAGAAUACAGGAAUCCAAAACUGGGAGACUAUAACACAUCGCUAAGAUCAGAAGUUAGGCAGUAUGAGUUAUGUUUUCACAAGAAACACAAAGAAAUGGUGUUGAAUUUGUACUUGCCUCAUGUUUUAGCCAAGGCAAAGGCAAUCAAAAGAGAGAGCAAUAUCGUGAAGCUUCACACAGUUGUUUAUGAUCGGUGGGACGUGAAUCAGGUUGUGCUUAAACACCCAAUGACCUUCAACACGCUUGCUCUGGAUCCAGAGCUCAAGAAGACUCUUAUGGAGGAUCUGGAUAACUUCGUGAAUGGAAUGGAGUACUACAAAAGAAUUGGGAAAACCUGGAAACGCGGGUACUUACUCUAUGGACCUCCAGGCACAGGCAAGUCAAGCUUGAUUGCAGCCAUCGCUAAUCACUUGAAAUUUGACAUCUAUGACUUGGAUUUAUCAGAUAUCCGUAGCAAUUCAAGUCUUCGAUUUUUGUUGCUCACCAUGCCAAGUCGAUCAAUCCUAGUCAUUGAGGACAUCGACUGCUCUAUCAACCUGAAAAAUCGUGAGUCAGGGGAUGGAUCACGAAACCCGGAAGAGAAUAAGGUGACACUCUCGGGGCUUCUCAAUUUCAUUGAUGGCUUAUGGUCGUGCUGUGGCGAUGAGCGCAUCUUAAUUUUCACAACCAACCAUAAAGAGAGACUGGACCCUGCAUUGCUGAGACCUGGUCGCAUGGAUAUGCAUAUCAACAUGUCAUACUGCACCGCUUCAGUAUUCAAGCAGCUUGCCUUUAAUUAUCUGGGGAUAACCCAUCAUCAUCUUUUUGAGCAAAUUGAACAGCUUGUAAUGGAGGUGGAGGUUACCCCUGCAGAAGUAGGAGGGGAGCUGAUGAAGAACACUAAUGCCGACGUCUCCCUUCAAGGCCUUGUCAAGUUUAUUCAUGCAAAGAUGACCGAACAAGGAAAAGCAGAAACCCUAAAUAAAAUGGAGUGGGAUGCAGACAAAUCGAGAGUAACUCACACAGAUUACUAAACUAGGCUGCAGUGCAAUUCACAACUGAAUUUGAGUGAACUCGGACUGCAGCAAAUUUUGAAUGUUUUGCAUAUCAAUUUUCUGAUCUGAAUUGUAUUUCUCAGCACCA